CACAGACUAAAUCAACUCAUCAAAUACGACAACAAAAGAAAGAGAAAAGAAAAACGUGAAAUUAAACAAUGGCAAAUUUCCCAGUUAUCAGCUUGGAGAAGAUCAAUGGCGAAGAAAGAGGUCAAGUGCUGGAACAGAUCAAAGACGCUUGCGAAAACUGGGGCUUCUUCGAGCUAGUGAAUCACGGGAUCGCUCCGGAGUUCAUGGAUAAGGUCGAGCGUCUGACGAAGGAGCACUACCGGAAAUGUAUGGAGCAGCGCUUCAACGAGAUGGUUGCCAGCAAGGGCCUCGAGGCGGUCCAGUCCGAGAUCGACGAUCUCGACUGGGAGAGCACCUUCUUCCUCCGCCACCGCCCUGUCUCCAACAUCUCCGAGAUCCCGGAGCUCGAUGAGGAGUACAGGGCCGUGAUGAAGGAGUUCGCGGCCAAGCUGGAGAAGCUGGCCGAGGAAUUGCUAGAUCUGCUGUGUGAAAAUCUAGGCCUGGAGAAGGGCUACUUAAAGAGGGCCUUCCUCGGCUCGACCGGGCCCACUUUUGGGACCAAGGUCAGCAACUACCCGCCCUGCCCGAAGCCUGACCUGAUCAAAGGGCUCCGGGCCCACACUGAUGCCGGUGGCAUCAUCUUGUUGUUCCAGGACGACAAGGUGAGUGGGCUCCAGCUCCUCAAGGACGGCGCGUGGGUGGACGUGCCGCCCAUGCGCCACUCCAUCGUGAUCAACAUCGGGGACCAGCUCGAGGUGAUCACGAACGGGAAGUACAAGAGUGUGAUGCACAGGGUGAUCGCGCAGACGGAUGGGACGCGCAUGUCGCUCGCGUCCUUCUACAAUCCUGGCGCUGACGCAGUGAUAUAUCCUGCGCCAGCGCUGGUGGGGGAGGAGGACUGCGGGGAGGUGUACCCGAAGUUCGUGUUUGAGGACUACAUGAAGCUUUAUGCAGGCGUUAAGUUCCAGGCGAAGGAGCCGAGAUUCGAAGCUUUUAAGAACGUCGACACGGCUUCUAACGUCGGAGAGAUUGCUACGGCUUGAGUGAAUUUUUUUUUAUGGUGUUUGUGUUGUUAAUUAAAGAUGUUUGUGUGUGUGAUUAAUUAGAUGAUAUGAGUAUGUGUGCUUGCUAGAUUAGUGUGUGGGAAUGGGAUGAUUCAACUUUGGGGAGGGGGUUUCUAGUCUACUUGUGAGGAACUUCUUCAUCUAAUAAUUAAUCAUUGUUACUAUUACUAUUAAA